CAAAACGCCUCGGUGCAUCUUUGGGACUUAAAAGAGGAAGUUUGCACUUACGUUACGUGUUUUGUAGCUCUGUGGUUUUCACGCACGACCACCAUGUCCUCGUCAUAAAUAGCCGCCGCGGUGGAGAUCGAGGAUGGCCGCAGACGUGAAUAACAGAAUCCCCGAGGAUGAGAGCAGAGUCUCCCCGCAGAACGGACACCAGACUCCGGGCUCCGGGCGGUGGAUGUACCGGGGCGUGUGGACCCUGGUGAUGGUCGCUGCUGUCCCUCUCCUCGCCUUUGGGAUCAAGUAUUAUCAGGACAGCCGGCUCUUCAGGCGUCACGAGGAGAGUGUUCGUGCUCUGGGCGCAGAGGGACUCUUUCUCUUCUCCUCCCUAGACACCGAUCAUGACCUCUAUCUCAGUCCGGAGGAGUUUAAACCGAUUGCUGAGAAACUCACAGGCAUUUCACCCCCUGUGGACUUGGAGGAAGAAGUGAUCCAUGACCCUAAUGGAGAGACUCUGACAUUGGCGGCCACAAUGCAGCCUCUGCUGCUCAACUCUAUGACAAAAAGCAAGGAUGGUUUCCUGGGGGUCUCUCACAGCUCCCUGAGUGGACUGCGGUCCUGGAAGAGCCCAGUGGUGCCUUCCUCCUCCUUCUCUGCCAGCCAGUUCAGGGUCUUCCUGCCCCCAAAGAACAAGGCGGAAGUGGGAGACGCGUGGUGGCUGAUUCCGAGCGAGCUCAACAUUUUUACUGGAUACCUGCCCAACAACCGUUACCACCCGCCCACCCCGAAAGGCAAAGAGGUGUUCAUCCACUCCCUGCUCGGUAUGUUUCAUCCUCGGCCCUUCGUCAAAUCCCGUUUCGCUCCUCAGGGCACGGUCGCCUGCAUCCGUGCCAGCAACGACUUUUACUACGACAUUGUCUUCAGGAUCCACGCCGAGUUCCAGCUGAACGACGUCCCAGACUUUCCCUUCUGGUUCACGCCGGGUCAGUUCACGGGCAACGUCGUCCUCUCCAAAGACGCGUCACACGUGCGCCACUUCCACCUCCACGUCCCUAACGACAGGUCUCUGAAUGUUGACAUGGAGUGGCUGUACGGUGCCAGCGAGAGCAGCAACAUGGAGGUGGACAUCGGAUACCUGCCGCAGUUGGAGCUGCAGUCCACAGGCCCGUCCACUCCGUCCAUCAUCACGGACGAGGAGGGGAACAUCAUCGACAGCAGAGACGGCGCCACUGAGCCCAUCCAGUUCAUCUUUGAGGACAUCCACUGGACGUCGGAGAUCAGUCAGCAGGAAGCCGCCCGGCGUAUGGAGGUCACACUGUACCCGUUCAAGAAGGUGCCCUACCUGAAGUUUUCAGAGGCCUUUGAACGAGCCGAAGCGGAGAAGAAGCUGGUGCAUUCCAUACUGCUGUGGGGAGCAUUAGACGACCAGUCCUGCUGAGGUUCCGGGCGGACUCUCCGGGAGACAGUCCUGGAAAGUUCGCCCGUCCUGGCCCUGCUCAACCAGAGCUUCAUCAGCAGCUGGUCUCUGGUCAAAGAGCUGGAGAACAUGCAGGCUGACGAGCAGAACUCUGUGCUGAGUGAGAAGGCUCGCCUACAUCUGGAGAAUUACAACUUCCCCGUGGAGAUGAUGGUGGCUCUGCCAAAUGGAACCAUUGUCCACCACAUCAAUGCCAACUACUUCCUGGACAUGACAGCCAUGAAGCCGGAGGAGGAAGGAGCAGCGUUUAGCUUCUCUUCAGGGUUCGAGGACCCGUCCACGUCCACGUACAUCAACUUCCUGAAAGAAGGGUUGGAGAAAGCAAAGGAGUACCUGGCACAGUAGUGCGCGCGUGUGUGUGUGUGUGUUGGAGUCAGAGACUAAACUCAGUGUCGACAGCUGAGAAACAUCUUUGCCUUAACUCCCGUUUGUUACCGUUCACUCUCAUGGUCACACAUGAGCUUUUUCUGAGAGUAUUUGUAUACUGCACUGUUCUUUUAAUGAAACACAAAGGCCUUGCACUGAGCAGUAACAAGUACAAUUUAAACGUACUCCGUCUGCUUGUAGCUGCUGAUGAAUGUCGGUAUGAAAUAGAGGCAAAAGGUCUGCCAAGUUGUUAUUGAGCGCAAUAGUGGCCAGUGUCCUGCUAAAUGUAAAUCAGAAGUGCAUCACAACACGGCAGAUCGUUAAAUAUUCUCUUAAAUGCACUAUUUAACGGCAGAGUGCGUUGUUUUUUUUCACUGCUGCCGAGUGAACCAGAGACGGCGCCGCCGGUUGUGUUCUCGACAGUUUGUGAAGUCUUUGCUUGAAAGCUCCGUCUGGGCCGGGUAACGUCUGAUGUUCCUGCCGAGGGCCGCUGGAGGGAACACGCCUCUCUGACUCACGGGACAAAAGGCAGCAGGGAAAAACAAAUAACAAACUCUGUUAUUUUUGUUAGUUUGAAACCAAAUGUUUAAAACAUGGUGCACAUUCUGCGUUUGAUUUUGAAGAUGUGACCGCACCAAAGAACCUUGUUUUUGCAACGGGCGUGCAGGUGGAACACAACGUUAUUCAAUAUGCCAGCUUCAUACUUUCUAUUUAAGUCCUUGAUGAAAAAUGCUGGAAAACCUUGAAAUAAUGUCCUCAAAUGUCAAAGAUAUUCUUAUAUCAAUUAUCAAUUAAAGGUCGCAAUCCUAAUCAGAAUCGUGUUCCAAACUCGUACAAGGUCCCAUCAACGAGUGAUGCAUUUGAAAUUCUGUUGAAAUAAAUGUGUUUUUUAAACAAA